CAAGUCGAAAGCACACACAAAUACACAAAAUAAAGAAAAAUGUCCAAAACUCGACACACAUGAGUCAAAGCAUGCAUGCCUGCAUACAUGUACAACACCGCCAACAACGCCCCGACGGAAAUCCCGACCCAUCAAAUAUUUCCUCAACCAGAAAAGCAACGCAACUGGAAUAAAUCUCUAACUGGAAGUUUCUCAUAGCAACCUAAUCCAAUUCAAUCCAAUUUAAAAUACUACCAACAAAAAACCGGAAGCAAGAAAUAUUCGACCCACCAAAUCAAUAACCCAAAUGUCCUCCUCCGUCCAAGAAGGCCGAGUAACCAAGAACCAUACACGUCGGAAACGCGUGCGCGGCCAAGUGCAAAAACCGAAGAUACGGGCUAGUAGCUCUACCACGAGCCAACAACGUGAUCAGUUUACAGUUGAUUGUGAUGAUGAGGAACAAUACCACCAUCUACUCCCACUAGUCGAACGGACCAAUUUACUCGACAUUGAAGAGUUCGCAUCGAAAUACAUUCCCUCAGAAUGCUUAAUUUACAAGGGUCGUAAUGCGGCAAGUUCUGAUAAAUCCCAACCCCAAUACAAAAUAUCCAUCUACGAUGCAUCCACCAUUCCCAAAACAGAUCUAAACCAAUGCUUCGAUCUCAUUGAGGAAACGUCUUCGAAUGCGUACCGGGAGUCUUCUACGGGUUGGUCCCCGACCAAGAAACGCAAGGAGAUGAAACUUCCCGAUAUGAAGUAUUUGGUUGUUUGUCGGGAGGGGUCCGAGUAUGCAGAGGAUGGUGUGGUCGGAUUCCUGUCAUUUAUGGUUACGUAUGAGGAUGGGAAGGAGGUGAUUUAUUGCUAUGAGGUGCAUUUGGCGUCGAAGGUGCAGGGGCUGGGGCUGGGGAAACGGCUUAUGCUUAUGUUGUUGGAAAUUGGGAGGCGAGUGGGUAUGGAGAAGGCUAUGUUGACGGUGUUUAGGUCGAAUGGGCUGGCGCAGGGGCUUUAUGAGGCUCUUGGGUUUAAGACGGAUGAGUAUAGUCCGCGUCCGAGGCGAUUGAGGAAUGGGACGGUCAAGGAGCCGGAUUAUAGGAUUAUGUCAAUACAAUUGGAUGGUGGGCCGUAUGUAUGAGGGGGUUUGGGGCCAUGAGGUGAGGCU